GUAAAGAUGGCGCACAGCGGUCGGUGGCGCUUCCCUGCCCGGCCCGGCAGCGGCGGCUGGGGCCGCCGGGGGCUGGGGGGGUCCCGGCUGCGCGUGCCGGCCGUGCGGAGCCUGCGAGCCGCCGAGCCGGUGGCGGCGGCGGGCGAGGGGGAGCGCGGCGGCCCGUGCUCCGGCGGGGCGGCGGGAAGCGGGGGAGGCGGGGCAGCGCCGGGCUCCGGCGGCUCCGGGGGCCCCGCGGCUGGGGUUGGACCCGGCUUCGACGCGGCGCUCCAGGUCUCGGCCGCCAUCGGCAUCAACCUGCGGCGGUUCCGCGCGGCCUGCGGCGCCGAGGCGGGCAGCGGAGAGGAUGAACAGUUUUUAGGUUUCGGUUCAGAUGAGGAAGUCAAAGUACAAAGUCCCACCAGGUCCCCCACAGUUAAAUCUAGUCCGCGGAAACCUCGUGGGAGACCCCGCAGUAGUUCUGACAGAAGUUCAGCUGUACUGUCAGACUCUUCAUCAGUGUGUUCCCCUUCGAGCAAGUCUGAGACCACCUCCAUGGAGAAGGUAAAGAAGAAGGAAUUGAAGAGCGGGGAGAAGAGACGAGGAAGACCUCCGACACUUACGAGCGUCAAGUUCAAAUUGUCCCAAGUGAAGGACACAUCAGACGUUCAGAAGGGCAGCAAAGAAGAAAAAGAGAGUCUGAAAAAAAUCAAAAGGUCACCAUCCACUACAUUUCAGCAAGCAACUAAAAUCAAGAAACUGAGAACUAGUAAGCUCUCCCCACUCAAAUCUAAAUUUAAACCUGGGGCGAAACUUCAGAUUGGGAGGAAGAGCGUUCAGAUCGCGCGCAGGAGAGGGAGGCCACCGUCCUCUGAACGUUUAAAGACUUCCUCAACCUUAGUCAUAAACUCGCAGCUGGAGAAGCCCCAAAGGAUUCGCAAAGAAAAAGAUGGCACGCCACCUCUUACGAAAGAGGAGAAGACUGCUGUCAGGCAAAGCCCGCGCAGGAUUAAGCCUGUCAGGAUUAUACCUUCCACCAAAAGGACGGAUGCCACAAUUGCAAAGCAGCUCUUGCAGAGAGCUAAAAAGGGGGCGCAGAAAAAGAUCGAGAAAGAAGCAGCCAAACUGCAGGGCCGAAAGGGGAGAACCCAGCUCAAAAAUAUCCGACAGUUCAUCAUGCCGGUUGUGAGCGCAAUCUCCUCGCGGAUCAUUAAAACACCCAAGCGGUUCAUCGAGGAUGAGGACUACGAUCCUCCUAUUAAAAUAUCCAGACUCGAAUCCACGCCCAACAGCAGGUUCAGCGCCACGUCCUGUGGCUCCAGUGAAAAGUCCAGUGCUGCGUCUCAGCAUUCGUCUCAGAUGUCUUCAGACUCCUCGCGGUCCAGUAGCCCCAGCGUGGAUACGUCCACGGACUCCCAGGCUUCCGAGGAGAUGCAGACGCUUUCCGAGGAGCGAAGCAAUACUCCAGAAGUUCACGCACCACUGCCUGUUUCUCAGUCCCCUGAAAACGAUAACGGGGACAGGAGAAACAGGAGGUUUUCAAUAACGGAAAGAAGUUUUGGCCAGAGGACUGGUAAAAAGCUGUCGGCCUUACCAAGCGUGCCGCAGCAGCAGUCCUCCUCCUCUCCUCCUCCCCCUUUGCUCACUCCCCCACCACCGCUGCAGCCCACUUCCAGCAUCUCAGACCAUACCCCUUGGCUCAUGCCUCCUACCAUACCCUUAGCCUCACCCUUCCUUCCCGCUUCUGCUGCGCCGAUGCAAGAGAAGCGGAAGUCGAUCCUGCGAGAGCCGACGUUUAGGUGGACCUCCCUGAAGCAUUCCAGAUCGGAACCGCAGUACUUCUCCUCAGCCAAGUAUGCCAAAGAGGGUCUCAUCCGCAAACCGAUAUUUGACAACUUCAGGCCCCCACCGCUGACGCCAGAGGACGUUGGCUUUGCGUCAGGCUUCUCAACGCCAGGCGCCACGGCUCCAACGCGCCUGUUCUCUCUUCACUCUGGAACGAGGUUUGAUAUGCACAAGAGAAGUCCUCUGCUGAGAGCGCCCAGAUUCACACCGAGCGAGGCCCACUCCAGGAUCUUUGAGUCCGUGACUCUGCCCUCGUCCGUUGGUCGUGCCACCACAGGGACCUCUGCCGCGGGUGGCUCCUCGAGGAAGAGGAAGAGGAGAGUGUUCAGCCCCAUCCGCUCAGAACCCCGGUCUCCUUCACACUCCAUGAGGACGAGAAGCGGGAGACUUAGCACCUCUGACCUGACAACUCUCACCCCGCAGUCUUCUGUCUCUUCUUCAUUAACGAGCAUUUCUGUUAGUUCUCUUGCCACUAGUGCCUUAAAUUCAACUUUUACUUUUCCUUCCCACUCCCUGUCACAGUCUGGGGAAUCAGCAGAAAGAAGCCAGAGGCCGAGGAAGCAGACUAGCACUCCGGCAGAGCCUUUCUCAUCUGGCAACCCUACUCCUCUCUUCCCCUGGUUCACAUCGAGUCCCCAGACAGAGAGAGGCAGGAACAAGGACAAGGCGGCGGAGGAACUCUCUAAAGAUAAAGACGCUGACAAGAGCUUGGAGAAGGACAAGAGCAGAGAGAAAGACCGAGAGAGAGAAAAGGAGAACAAGCGGGAGUCAAGGAAGGAGAAAAGGAGGAAAGGGUCUGAAAUUCAAAGUAGCUCUGCUCUGUUUCCUGUAGGCAAAGCAUCCAAAGAAAAAGCUGUCAGCGAAGAUGGUGCGGCAUCGUCGUCUGCCAAAAAACCUGCCGGGCGGAAGAAGUCUACGGCGUCGGAUCCCGCGGCAGAUGCUUCCGCUGCUGCUGUGGUAGAUACAGCAGUCAUCAAGACCAAAAUGUCCAAGAAAGGGAGAGGGGGGUUAGACAAAUCAGAUCUGGACCUCAGCCCUGCUGUGCCGUCUUCAGAGAAGGAAAAAGCCCUGCGUCUUUCUGCUCCUUCGUCAAGCGCUGUUAAACAUUCCGCUUCCUCCAUCAGCUCUAUGUUGGCUCAAGCAGACAAACUGCCAAUGACUGACAAGAGGGUGGCCAGCCUUCUGAAGAAGGCAAAAGCCCAGCUGUACAAAAUUGAGAAGAGCAAGUCCCUCAAGCAGGCAGAUCAGCCAAAAGCACAGGGACAGGAGAGUGACUCGUCAGAAACGUCGGUUCGAGGACCACGGAUCAAACAUGUUUGCAGGAGAGCAGCCGUGGCGCUGGGCCGCAAGCGAGCCGUGUUUCCUGAUGACAUGCCCACUCUGAGUGCCUUACCCUGGGAAGAGCGGGAGAAGAUACUGUCUUCCAUGGGGAAUGAUGAUAAGUCGUCGAUCGCUGGCUCAGAAGAGGCUGAACCUCUCGCUCCACCUAUCAAGCCGAUUAAGCCUGUUACUAGGAACAAGGCACAGCAAGAGCCUCCGGUGAAGAAGGGCCGGCGCUCAAGGCGCUGUGGGCAGUGUUCGGGCUGCCAGGUUCCAGAGGACUGUGGUGUCUGUACGAACUGUCUAGACAAACCCAAGUUUGGCGGGCGCAAUAUAAAGAAGCAGUGCUGCAAGAUGAGGAAAUGUCAGAAUCUACAGUGGAUGCCUUCAAAAGCCUAUCUCCAGAAGCAAGCUAAAGCUGCAAAAAAGAAAGAGAAGAAGUCGAAGGCAAAUGAAAAGAAAGAAAGCCAUUCUGGAAAGAACCAGUUGGACUCUGGACAGAAGCAAACUUCUCAGGCUGUCACAUCAAGAGAAGACAACGCUCUAAAGAAGAACAGUGAGCCUGCCCGGAAGCCCGUUGAGGAGAAGCAUGAGGAUGGGAAUUCCUCUGUUCCGGUGUCGGAGCCCAAACAGGUCCCCGCAUCUGGUACCAGAAAGACUGGCAAGCAGACAACACCGCCAGUACAGCUCGCUCCAUCUCAGCCACCCAGCUCAGGACCUUUGAAAAAAGAAGCACCUAAACUUCCCACUUCUGAGCCUAAGAAAAAGCAGACUCCCCAGCCAGAAAUAGGCACAGAACACAGCAAACAGAAAAAAAUUGCUCCCCGUCCAACUUUCCCUGUGAAACAGAAACCAAAAGAAAAGGAAAAGCCCCCUCCUAUAAGCAAGCCAGAAAGCAGCACGCUGAAUUUGCUCAGCACUCUGACUAAUGGAAGCAGUUCCAAGCAAAAGCCACCUACAGACGGAGUCCACAGAAUCCGAGUGGAUUUCAAGGAGGACUGUGAAGUGGAGAAUGUUUGGGAGAUGGGUGGGUUAGGCAUCGUCACCUCGGUACCUAUUACUCCCAGGGUGGUCUGUUUUCUCUGUGCCAGCAGUGGACACGUGGAGUUCGUGUACUGCCAGGUCUGCUGUGAGCCCUUCCACAAGUUCUGCUUGGAGGAGAGCGAGCGGCCCCUGGAGGACCAGCUGGAGAACUGGUGCUGCCGCCGCUGCAAGUUCUGCCACGUCUGUGGGAGACAGCACCAGGCCACCAAGCAGUUGCUGGAAUGUAACAAGUGCCGAAACAGCUAUCACCCCGAGUGCCUGGGCCCAAACUACCCAACCAAACCCACCAAGAAAAAGAAAGUUUGGAUAUGUACCAAAUGUGUUCGCUGCAAGAGCUGUGGAUCGACAACCCCAGGCAAAGGGUGGGAUGCACAGUGGUCUCACGACUUCUCUCUGUGUCAUGACUGUGCCAAACUCUUUGCUAAAGGAAACUUUUGUCCUCUCUGUGACAAAUGCUACGAUGACGAUGACUACGAGAGCAAGAUGAUGCAGUGUGGGAAAUGUGACCGCUGGGUCCACUCCAAAUGCGAGAACCUUUCUGAUGAAAUGUAUGAGAUCCUGUCUAACUUGCCGGAGAGCGUGGCGUACACCUGCAUUAACUGUACGGAGCAGCAUCCUGCAGAGUGGCGCCUGGCACUGGAAAAGGAGCUGCAGAUUUCCUUAAAGCAGGUUUUAACAGCCCUGUUGAAUUCGAGAACUACAAGCCACUUGCUGCGGUAUCGACAGGCAGCAAAGCCGCCGGAUUUAAAUCCCGAGACAGAAGAGAGUAUCCCAUCCAGAAGCUCUCCUGAAGGUCCCGAUCCUCCCAUCCUAACAGAAGUCAGCAAACAGGAGGAGCAGCAACCUCUGGAUCUGGAAGGAGUGAAGAGAAAGAUGGAUCAAGGCAGUUAUACUUCUGUGUUGGAUUUUAGUGACGACAUCGUGAAGAUAAUUCAAGCAGCCAUUAAUUCUGAUGGAGGGCAGCCAGAAGUUAAGAAGGCCAAUAGCAUGGUCAAGUCCUUCUUUAUUCGGCAAAUGGAGCGUGUUUUCCCAUGGUUCAGCGUAAAAAAGUCCAGAUUUUGGGAGCCAAAUAAAGUAACAAGCAACAGCGGUAUGUUGCCGAACGCGGUGCUGCCGCCAUCGCUUGACCACAACUACGCUCAGUGGCAGGAGCGUGAGGAGAACAACUGCACCGAGCAGCCCCCGCUGAUGAAGAAGAUCAUUCCAGCUCCAAAACCCAAAGGGCCUGGAGAGCCAGAUUCACCAACUCCUCUACAUCCUCCUACACCACCUAUCUCUAGCUCUGACAGGAGCAGAGAGGAUAGUCCUGAACUGAACCCACCUCCGGACGUAGAAGACAACCGGCAGUGCGCGCUGUGCCUGAAGUACGGUGACGACAGUGCUAAUGACGCUGGACGCCUUCUCUACAUUGGCCAAAACGAAUGGACACACGUAAACUGUGCUCUGUGGUCAGCAGAAGUGUUUGAAGAUGAUGACGGUUCCCUGAAGAACGUGCACAUGGCAGUGAUCCGGGGGAAGCAGCUGAGAUGUGAGUUCUGCCAGAAGUCAGGUGCCACAGUGGGCUGCUGCCUCACUUCCUGCACGAGUAACUAUCAUUUCAUGUGCUCCCGAGCCAAGAACUGUGUCUUUCUGGAUGAUAAAAAGGUUUACUGCCAGAGACAUCGUGACUUGAUCAAAGGAGAGGUGGUGCCUGAGAAUGGGUUUGAAGUUCUUAGGAGAGUUUUUGUGGACUUUGAAGGGAUCAGUUUGAGAAGAAAAUUCCUUAGUGGCUUGGAACCAGAGAACAUCCACAUGAUGAUUGGUUCCAUGACGAUAGACUGUUUAGGAAUCCUGAAUGACCUCUCAGACUGUGAGGAUAAGUUGUUUCCCAUCGGCUAUCAGUGCUCCAGGGUGUACUGGAGCACAACGGAUGCCAGGAAGCGCUGUGUGUAUACCUGCAAGAUCAUGGAGUGCCGACCUCCCAUCAUUGAACCUGACAUCAACAGCACUGUCGAGCAUGAUGAUAACAGAACAAUUGCCCACAGCCCAGUUCCACUUGCAGAAACUCUGCCUAAAGACAGCCGAAACACACCUGAAAUUGUAAACCCACCGUCACCAGAUCGUCCCUUGCACUCUCAGACCUCUAGUUCCUGCUACUACCCAGUGGUCUCCAAGGGCCCCAGGAUCAGGACACCGAGUUAUCCAUCCGCUCAGAGGUCUCCUGGCUCGAGGCCGUUGCCCUCUGCAGGAAGCCCUACCCCAGUGACCCAUGAAAUAGUGACAGUAGGAGAUCCUCUGCUAUCCUCUGGACUGAAGAGCAUUGGCUCUAGGAGACACAGCACCUCCUCUUUGUCACAGCAGCAGUCCAAACUCCGGAUGAUUUCCCCUACGCGAGCCGGGAGCACUUACUCCAGGCACAGCGUGUCCUCUGUCCCCAGCAUGGUGUCCCCUGUGGAACAUGAACCAAGCCUCAGAAGCACUGACCGCUGUGUGGGGCCAGUGGGUGCAGCUCCCCCAGGCAGUGCACCUCAGAGUUGCCCUGCCAGCUCGGGCUCCCAGAAAGCAGCAGCUGCCAGUGGAAGUAAAACUCACCAGCUGGAUGCAUCUCAGUUUAUGGAAGGAAAGCAUUCCAGCAGUACAGAUGCAGUAGCCAAAGGUGCGCCUUCUAAGGGGGAGAAGAUGAAAAUGCUGACCUCAAAGGACCCAGACUAUUCGGCUCAUGGUUUUCCUGCUGGAGGAAGCUCCAAAAUGUCCACUCCACCAACCAGUUCAUCGGUCACAGAAAUGAACGUUAAAAUAGGACCCUUUCCAGAAUGCUCAGGAUCAUUUUCUUCCAAAGAAGCAAUAUCCUUUCCGCCUUUGCACCAGAGAGGCCCCAGGAAAGACAGAGAUCAGCACGUAGAACCCGUCCAGCCAGAGAAAGGAGCACCGGCUGACGAGAUGGAGGUGAAGACCUCAAAGUCUGCUGGAGUGAACAGAUCUCCUGCAGCAAGCGAUCACGUGGUUUCUGCCCCUCGAGACAGGCGUCAGAAGGGGAAGAAGUUAACGAAAGACGGUUUCAAAGACAAGCAUCCUCUGAAGUCUGUUAUGGAUUCCAGUCCAGCAGUGGGCAGCGACGAAGGAAGCCUGAAACCGGAAUUUGGUAACCAGGCUUUGGCGACUGAACAAAUCAGCCAGAGGUUGUGUAACAGUAUUCCCACUGAAAGAGCCGGCGAGAAGUCUCCACCUCCGCAAGGGCUGGCGAAGGGUUCCACAGCACAGCUCGAAGCGGCCUCCAAGGAUUCGCAGGCACCUCGAAAACGCACGGUUAAGGUCACUCUGACUCCUCUCAAGAUGGAAGGUGAAAGCCACUGUAAAAAUGCACAGCAGGAGGGCGAUGCUGAGCCUCAGUCUGCGGGGGCAGAACUGGCCGCGUUGGCAGAGCCUUCCUCAGCUUUGGAAAGCCCAGACGACAACCCUGUGGUUCAGGGAAGUCCCAGCGAGGUGCCAGCACAGGAAUCUCAGAACAGCACGUACGAAAAUUUGCCUGUCCAAGACAGCAACUUGAUGCUUCAGGACGGGCCUAAAGCUCAGGAAGAAGGCUCAUACAAGCGGAGGUAUCCCCGGAGAAGCGCUCGGGCCAGAUCUAACAUGUUCUUCGGGUUGACUCCUCUGUAUGGCGUGAGGUCUUAUGGAGAGGAAGACAUUCCCUUCUAUAGUAACUCCAGCGGGAAGAAGCGAGGGAAGCGGUCUGCAGAAGGGCAGGUGGAUGGCGCUGACGACUUGAGCACGUCGGACGAAGACGACUUGUACUACUACAAUUUCACCAGAACGGUGGUUUCCUCGGGUGCAGAGGAGAGGCUGGCGUCCCACAACUUGUUCAGGGAGGAGGAGCAGUGCGACCUUCCAAAGAUCUCACAGCUGGACGGCGUGGAUGAUGGAACCGAAAGCGAUACCAGCGUCACGGCGACCACGAGGAAAGUCAGUCAGGUAACGAAGAGGAGCAGUAAAGAGAACGGAACAGAGAACCUGAAGCUGGAGAGAACUGAAGAAGCCAGCGAGAAAGUGCAAGUCUCCAAGAGCUCCGCCGUCCACAAAAGCGAACCAAAGAUGGAUAACUGCCAUCCCGUGAGCAGGGUUAAAGCGCAGGGGCAGGACUCGCUGGAAGCUCAGCUGAGCUCGUUGGAGUCGGGCCGCAGGGCUCAUGCCGGCACACCUUCUGACAAGAACUUGCUGGACACUUUCAACACAGAGCUGCUGAAAUCCGACUCGGACAACAACAACAGCGACGACUGCGGGAACAUCCUCCCUUCUGACAUCAUGGACUUCGUGCUAAAGAACACACCGUCCAUGCAGGCGCUGGGAGAAAGUCCCGAGUCAUCCUCGUCUGAACUUCUGACUCUGGGAGAGGGUUUAGGGCUCGACAGCAACCGUGGCAAGGACAUGGGCUUGUUUGAGGUGUUCUCCCAGCAGCUGCCAACCGCCGAGCCAGUGGACAGCAGUGUCUCCUCCUCCAUAUCGGCGGAGGAGCAAUUCGAGCUGCCCCUGGAGCUUCCUUCCGAUCUCUCCGUCCUGACCACGCGCAGCCCCACGGUGCCCAGCCAGAAUCACAACAGGCUUGCCGUCAUUUCUGAGUCUUCGCUCUCCUCCUCGGGAGAGAGGUCUAUGCUUGCCCUGCCAGCCACGGAGUCGGGGGAAAAGAGAGUGACAGUCACGGAGAAGUCUGCCUCAGGGGAAGGCGAUGCCGCUCUCCUGAGCCCAGGAGUGGAUCCGAGCCCUGAAGGACACAUGACUCCCGACCACUUCAUCCAAGGGCACAUGGACGCAGAGCACAUCGCCAGCCCUCCCUGUGGCCCCGUUGAGCAGGGGCACAGCAGCAACCAGGAUUUAACGAGGAACAGUGGGACACCGGGUAUCCAGGUGCCGGUGUCUCCCACCGUUCCCCUCCAGAGCCAGAAGUACGUGCCAAACUCCACGGACAGCCCUGGCCCCUCUCAGAUCUCCAACGCUGCGGUGCAGACAACGCCGCCCCACCUGAAGCCGGCUGCGGAGAAACUUCUGGUGGUCAAUCAGAACAUGCAGCCGCUGUACGUCCUGCAGACUCUUCCCAACGGCGUUACUCAGAAGAUCCAGUUAACGCCCUCGGUCAGUUCUGCGCAGGGUGUGAUGGAGAGCAGCGCUUCGGUGCUGGGGCCCAUGGGCAGCGGGCUCGCGCUGACCACGGGAUUAAAUCCCAGUUUGCCUUCAUCCCAGUCAUUGUUCCCUCCCACGAGCAAGGGGCUACUGCCCAUGUCCCAUCACCAGCACAUUCAUCACUUCUCCACUGCCAGUCAGACUGGCUUCCCACCGAACAUCAGCAGCCCUUCGCCGGGCCUUCUGAUUGGUGUGCAGCCACCCCCCGACCCUCAGCUCUUAGUGUCCGAAGCGAGUCAGAGGACAGACCUGGGUACCGCUCCUCCCACGCCAGCCGCCACCCUGGGCAAGAAGCGGCCUAUAUCUCGGCUGCAGUCACGGAAGAAUAAGAAGCUGGCUCCCUCCGGAACCCCUGCUGCUAUAGCUCCUCCCGAUAUGGUCUCCAACAUGACCCUAAUUAACUUCGCCCCUUCCCAAAUUUCCAACCACCCACUGGAUUUGGGAACCAUUGCCAAUUCGACGUCCCACAGAACCGUCCCCAAUAUCAUCAAAAGAUCCAAGCCUGGGGUCAUGUAUUUUGAGCAAACUUCCCUGCUCCCGCAAGGCGGGAGCACGACGGCGGUCGGCUCAUCCCCCGGUGUGAUCGGGCCCGACGCUGGUCACCUCCCUGCAGGGCCAGUCUCAGGCCUCACCUCCAGCUCCUCGGUGCUGAAUGUUGUGUCCAUGCAGGCCACGGCAGCCCCUACCACCGGCGGGUCGGUUCCCAGUCACGUUCUGGGGCAAAGUUCGGUCACGUUAACCAGCCCUGGAUUGUUAGGGGACCUCGGCUCCAUAAGCAACCUCCUGAUCAAAGCUAGUCAGCAGAGCCUCGGUCUUCAGGAGCAGCACAUGACUUUACCACCCAGUUCGGGGAUGUUUCCGCAGCUGGGAGCAUCCCAGACUCCAUCGACAGCAGCAAUGACAGCCCCGUCGAGCAUCUGUGUUCUGCCUUCGGCACAGACCAUGGGCAUGACGGUCGCUCCGUCGUCUGCUGACCCAGAAGGCUCUUACCAGCUUCAGCACAUGACACAGCUCUUGGCGAGCAAGACUGCGGGCGCCUCCUCCCAGAUGGACCUUGGCACGGCUUCGGCCACGCCGCCGUUGCCCAGCUUCCCGCAGCUGGUCGAUGUGCCCGGUACCACCGGGCUGGAGCAAAACAAGGCGGUGGCGGCGAUGCACGCCAGCUCGGCCUCCCCUGGAGGCUCCCCCUCCUCUGCUCAGCAGUCAGCCAGCAGCUCCGUGAUGGGCCCCGCGAAGGCGAAGCCGAAAGUCAAACGCAUCCAGCCGUCAUUAGAGAAAGGGAACGGGAAGAAGCACAAGGCUUGUCACGUGUGGAGCAGCCCCUCCGAAGCACACGCUCCCGACAGAGGGGCCGUUGCUGCGCCCCAGGCCCCGGCUGCAGGGACUCCUGCUGCGAAGGCAGAUAUGCAGGAUGCAGCGAGUGUAGAUCAGCCAUCACAGAAGCAGUGUGGCCAGUCUGCAGGGCAAACGGCAGUCCUCUCAGAGCCUCAGUCCGCACAGAACGCAACAACCGAGCAAGACAGUGCAGGCUCAAAAGCUCUUGAGGAGGAAGAGAGCACUUUCAGCUCCCCACUUAUGUUUUGGCUUCAGCAAGAACAAAAGAGGAAAGAGUGUCUUGGUGAGAGGAAACCGAAGAAAGGUUUGGUUUUUGAGAUCUCUAGCGAUGAUGGCUUUCAGAUCUGCGCAGAAAGCAUUGAAGAUGCCUGGAAGUCCCUGACUGACAAAGUUCAGGAGGCCCGUUCCAACGCCCGCCUGAAGCAGCUGUCCUUUGCAGGUGUGAACGGUUUGAGGAUGCUGGGAAUUAUCCAUGAUACUGUUGUGUUCCUGAUUGAACAACUGUACGGAGCAAAGCACUGCCACAACUACAAGUUCAGGUUUCACAAGCCAGAGGAGGCCAACGAACCUCCUCUGAACCCCCAUGGCUCGGCCAGGGCUGAGGUCCACCUGAGGCAAUCUGCGUUUGAUAUGUUUAAUUUCUUGGCUUCUAAACACCGACAGCCACCAGAAUACAACCCGAAUGAUGAGGAAGAGGAAGAAGUACAGCUGAAAUCAGCCAGGAGGGCGACCAGUAUGGACCUGCCGAUGCCCAUGCGCUUCCGACACUUGAAGAAGACCUCAAAGGAGGCAGUUGGCGUCUACAGGUCUCCCAUCCAUGGCCGGGGUCUGUUCUGCAAAAGGAACAUUGAUGCAGGUGAGAUGGUGAUCGAAUAUUCAGGCAAUGUCAUUCGCUCCAUCCUCACUGACAAACGAGAGAAGUACUACGACAGUAAGGGCAUCGGCUGCUACAUGUUCCGCAUCGACGACUCGGAGGUGGUAGACGCCACCAUGCACGGGAACGCGGCGCGCUUCAUCAACCACUCCUGCGAGCCCAACUGCUACUCCCGCGUCAUCAACAUCGACGGGCAGAAGCACAUCGUCAUCUUCGCCAUGCGCAAGAUCUACCGGGGGGAGGAGCUCACCUAUGACUACAAGUUCCCCAUUGAAGACGCCAGCAACAAGCUGCCCUGCAACUGCGGUGCCAAGAAGUGCCGGAAGUUCCUAAACUAGACCUUCCGUCGGCUGCGAGCGAGCCCCGAAGGGCCAGGGCCGGCCGGAGCUCCCUGUGACCGCUCCCUGGCCCUGCAGGCGGGCUGGGGACAGGGGCGCAGCGCGGCGGGGCUCGGGGGCCCGGCUGGCGGCCACGCUUCUCCCUCGGAGCCCAUGUCUAUCUCCAUGUCUCACAUGCGCACACGUACCCUUCCGAGAGGCACGGGCAGCUGGAGAAGACCCUCAGCACGGUUGUGUUUUUGCUGUUCUCGUUUCCCCUCACCCCCAGUGUUUGUUUCUCGGUGUGGGGCUGAUGAGCAGGGCAGAGGAGGGGAGGUGGGCCAGGCCUGAGCGUGGGAAAGCGACGACGGGUCCUGUCCCAAUCUGUCCCUUGGCUGGGAGGGCGAGGGUCAGCACCACAGUGUUGGAGUGAGGUUUCCUCCAGGACAGGAGGCCCCCCAGGGCCGCAUGGGGCUGCAGAACGCUCUGAGAUGGUGUCACAUAGGAGGGCCGAGUGGUGAGAGCAGAGCGGGGUGACUGGCCCUUGAUGAGGCUGAAGAGGGUUCAUCCAGAACUUUGCUCUGGAAUCCCUGCCCUGGAACGAGGGAGUUCUGGUGUCUUUUGGUAGAGGGGAGGGCGUGUGCCAGCAGCUGUGGCACUGCAGACCCUGCCAAGCACAGGCCAUCCUGAGGACUGGACGAGACGGGGAGCAAGAGGCUGCGGGAGCCGAGUGGGGCUGCGUGGAGGCUCCUGCAGGAUCAGCUCUGCUCAGCCUCGCUGCGGGGCGGCACGGGAUGAGGAGGGGAGACAGGGACCCGAUGCUGCCGGCACUCACCUACACGGUGGCAGCUGGCAGGGCUGACGCUGAGGGAGCUGAGCGUGUUCUGAGUGAGCGAGAAGGCGCUGUGGUCCAGGUAGAGCAGCCCCAGCCCUCCUCCCGGCGGGGUCAGCCCCGAGCCGUGGGAUGGGCAGCAGGGAGCCCCGAGCGGGGCGGGCGGCCACGCUGGGUUUUACUCGGUUCUGUUUACAGUUUAGUAUUUAAGGUUUUAUAAAUGUAAAUAUAUUUUGUAUAUUUUUCUAUGAGAAGCACUUCAUAGGGGAAAGCACUUAUGACGAGGCUUUUUAAACAGUGGUGUUAUCCUAAUUUAAGAGAACCUCUUGUGAACGGUCUUUUUAUUUUCCUAGGAUGGUUAUAGGAAACACAGGGCUGGGCACAGCCUGGCCCUUUCUCCGGGGGAAGGGACACACUUUCGUUUUGGUUUUGACUCUUGUUCUGCCUUUUCGACUUCAGUAACUGUUUCCAGGGGGUUUGGCUGGACCUUAAACUUUAUUUACCGUCAGGAUGGGGAUGGGGAGGGAGAGUUUCCCGGCUCAGGAGGAGUCUGACUCUGUCCGUGCCCGGGGCCGAGGCCUCGUUCUGCCUCGCCUGUGUGUCUUUAAAAAGAAGGAAAGGGGAAGACCAAGAGCCAGCAGACAGACCCUCCGCAGUGCUGUGCUGGGGGGCUGUCCGGGGGCAGCGCCUCGUCCCUGGAGCGGGGGAGCACGGGAAGCCCUUGCGCUUUGCUCACCGUCCCCGCAGGCCCCGAGGCCUCUCCCUCUGCCCGAGAGCCAGCAACCCGUGGCGCGGGGAGGGUCGGGAACAGCCGUUCCCUUUCGUUGUUGCACUGUGUGGCGGUUACGUGGUGGUGGCUGUUGGGAGCCGAGUCCGACGGGCGCUGCAUUUGUUACUGAGAUGAUAUGAUGCACUGACAGUUUGGGAACGCACAUACCCCGGGGUCCCGGCCGCCCGGGGGUCCCGCUCGCGGCCCGUGCCCUUCCCCGUGUCUGGUGGCAGCGCCAGGCUCAACCCGUGCCGCGUUUUCCUCUGCCUCGCGUCGCGGUGACGGGGAGCAGCGUCUUUCCUCCGCGUGGCGGUGGGACAGGGCUCGGGUGUGGGGAGAGGGAUCUGGGAGACCCCCGAGCCGGGCGCCUCUCCCCUGUGGGCCGGUGGCCCGUCCGCUUUGCUGCUAUACCCGUGGCGGCUGCCUCGGGAGGCGCCACUGUGGCCAGUGAAAGCCUCGGCGCCGCGGGAGCCACGCCGGGGCAGCGGGGGCCGGGUGUGUGUCCCCGCCGCCCGUGCCGGCGGCCGCCCCGCGUUUGAAUGUAUAUUUUCUAAGGACUGACGCAGAUCACGGCAUCUGAACGUGCUGGAAAAAACAAAAAAAGCGAAAAAAAAACCAGCAAAACGACAAAACCGGGAACUUUCGGGCGUUUGUUUUUCCUUUGUACAGGCCGACGUGGUGUUUUCUAAGGAGAAGCGGGUCAUUGCCAAGGGCUGGGUAUCUUUUCUGUGUGGUUUUCCUUUCGUUUCAAAGCAAUACCAGGUUCUUCACCGGGACGGUGUCUGCGCAGCAUCGCGCCAUCCGAACCCCCUCGGCUGCUCCACCCUCCCGCGCACACGCACGAGGUUGAUAGCUAUAAAUACGAUAUCUAUAGGAACUGAUGUAGUAACGCACCGUGUACCGAAGCCUAGCUCAGUAUCGCUCCCUGGCGCUUCACCUCUCUCUAACACUAUAGGUAAGGGCUGUGCUGCAGCUGCUCGCGGCCGGCGGGAGAGCCGCACCGUGCCGCGCCGGGGCCGCCCUUCCCACCCGCCUCCUGCCCAGUCCCUACUCGUGCCGCUUGGUUUCUUCCUUCCCUCCUCUCGUCGGGGUGUGAAUGUCGGGGAACCACCUGCAUUUUGGGGGAAAACGUGCUCUUGUGCUUUUUCCUGGUCUCUUUUUUUUAACGAGGUGCAGUAGCUUUUGUCUCUCAGCCAAGAGCUGUUACUUGUGGUGUUUCUUUCCUUGAACUUUAACAGUCUCCUUAGUCGAUACAGGUAGGUGAAUUAAUUGUCGCAAAAGCAAAAACAAACAAAAAAAAACCCUUUAAAAAGGAAAAAAAAAGAAAAAAACACAAAAAAACAAGCGCUGCCAAGGUUUUGUUCUAGAGAUAACGGUUCUUGACAACUUAUCAUGUGUAACAGAUCUCUGCGUUUCUUUCCCUGUGUUCUUCCGAGCUUCUGGUUGGGUUUUGGGUUUGGGGCUUUUUUGUUUUUCUUAAAAAAACCAACAAAACGACAAAAAACGACGACAACAAAAAAAAAAAACAACACAGAGGAAACGUGUGUAAAGUGCAUCAGUGUUAACUCCCUGCCACAGGGACGAAGGAAAUACUUUGUUUAAAACAGUGCUGAAAGCUCUGCAAAAGACUGAAUGUAAAAACGAAACAAGUGUAAAUAGUUGUAAAGAAACGAACCCCACGAAAAACAAAAAAAGGAGUUUUUAAACAUGUUUAUUUUCUAUGCACUUUUUUUUAUUUAAGUGAUAGUUUAAUUAAUAAACAUGUCAAGUUUAUUGCUGCA